AUGCCAGCCCCGCCCCCUUCGCCCCUCCCACCAAACAGGAAAUCGCUCACCCUCCUCCUCUCCUCCCUCCCCUUCCUCAUCACUUUCACCCACAUCUUCCUCUCGCCCUAUACCAAAGUCGAAGAGAGCUUUACGCUGCAUGCUGUCCACGAUGUGCUUGCGUACGGCUUUUGGGAUCAUAUCACGUUUCCUGGUGCUGUGCCGAGGUCGUUCCUCCCGCCUAUACUACUCGGCUUGAUAACAUACCCUUUCUCUGCCCUCUUUGUGGCUCUCGGUGUAAUCAAGACCAAGAUCGGCGUUCAGUUACUCAUCCGUCUCAUCCUCGCCUCCUUCUUCUCACUCUCAUUUAACCACCUCGCCGCAAGUUUGCAGAUUGUAUACGGUACUCCAUCCCGUGUAUGGUUUACUCUUCUAAGCUUGGGAACUUUCCACACUUCUUAUUAUGCGGGAAGGACGUUGCCCAACUUUACGGCUCUUCCUGGUGUGUUAUGGAGCAUCUCUCAGGUUAUUCGCUCAGAAUCUUCCCCCACUGCGAAAGAAGGCCAAACGCAACUGCGCAACGCAAUCAUAAUCCUCACAGCGCUCGCGACUAUUGUCCGCCUCGAGCUCGCCUUGUUUGUGUUACCCCUUGCUUUGAGCUUGGUAGUACUCCAACGGGCAACAAUCGGUCAAGUAAUCCAAUGGGGUCUCAUUGGAGGCUUUGGUUCCCUGGCCAUCACAUCUCCCAUCGAUUACACUCUCUGGCUCCCAGCCCUCUCCCACCCAGACUUCCCCUUCAAUUCCCCAUCCCAGCUACUCUGGCCCGAGCUUUCAUCCAUUAUCUACAACGCUCUCGAAGGCCACUCUGAAGAAUGGGGCAUCAUGCCCUUCCACUACUACUUUACAAACUCUAUCCCCAAACUGCUUGUCGGCAACUUUGCCUUGGUCGGGCUUGCCGGCGGGCUCUGGGCAUCUGCUAGAGUAGGAGGUCAAAAGUUGAUGCGACAAGUGGGGUGCUGGGAUAAGAGUCGUGCUGGACGAGGUGUCGGGCGGUUACUGACCGUCUGGGGCUUGAGUAUCAGCAGUGUCCUCGUUGGCCUGAGCGCACUGGGCCAUAAAGAAUGGCGCUUCAUCCUCCCCAUCCUGCCCAUCUUACACAUCAUCUCCGCCCUAUCGGCUUCUAACCUCUGGUCACUUCCUCCGCCUUCAUCCUACCUCCGCCCCCUUGCUCGACUCGCCGUCUUGGGCCUGCUGGCGGUCAAUUUGCUGGCUACAGGUGUGAUGACGUUUUUGAGUGUCAACAAUUACCCUGGAGGGGAAGUGUGGCAAGCGUUAGAAGCGGCCGGUGUGGCGGAAGGGGAAAAGAUAUGGUUCCCUUCGUACCCUUUGCAAACGGGCGCGACGCUGUUUACGUUUACGCACGACCAUGCUGCCGGGCAGGGGCUUGCCUUUUGGCCUGCUUUACCGGCGGCGGAAGAGCCGAGGUGGGUGUAUGACAAGAGUGAAGGAGUGAAUUUGAGUAAUUCGGAGUGGAUGGACGGGGUGGACUUUGUGGUGACAGGUGAUUGGGCUGGAUUGACAGAGGAUGGCUGGGAGAUGGUGGCUGAGGUGGGAGGGUUAGAGGGCGUUGGCAAAGCACCGGGUCAAUACAAGGUAGAGGCGAGAUGGGGCAGAAAGCUGGCCAUCCUCAAGAAAGAUUAA